UAUAAUAGAAUAAUUAUAAUGUUGAAAUUAUUAUUUAUCAUAUUGAUUCUGAUAGUUGUUAUAGUAAGUUGGCUACACUGCAAGACAGGCUAGAGAAGGUUAGACGCUAGGCAGUCUAGAAAACUAGUAUGAUCCUCUUGAACUUUAUAAUGUAUUCAAAUAAACAUGUUAAUAAUCAUUACUUAUGUUUUAUUUAUUGAGUGAACACAUAACAUGGCGCAGUCGGUACUUAGUUUUGAGUUCCUAGUGAAUUGAUUGUGUUACGCUGUGAAUACGUAAACUGGAUUUACAACUACAAUCUACAAUGGCGGCUUCUUGUAAUGUCCCAGCUAAGUUGUGCCUUGAUGGCAACCUAAGUGAAAACUGGAAAAAAUUUGAACAGUCCUUUCAAAUUUAUCUUUUAGCCUCCGGACUUGACGGAUCAAGUGAAGAACGUAAAGUUGCCUUACUUUUGAACUUGAUAGGGGAAGAUGCUUUAGUCGUCUACAAUACAAUUUGUGAUGAAAAAGACAAAAAACUACAAGAUGUGCUUAAUCGAUUUAAAAAUUAUUGUAACCCAAAAAAGAACAUUCUACAUGCUAGAUUCCUAUUCAGUGAAAGAAAACAACGAGACGGUGAGGAUUUUGCUUCAUUUUACACUCAUGUGAAAGUAUUAAUACAGGACUGUGAAUUUGAGAAUGUCGACGAGAUGCUCCGUGAUAAGCUAGUUUUUGGCUCCAAUAACAAUGAAAUAAAAUCGAAAAUGAUUAAAGAAGGCAAUCCCAAGUUGGAUGAUGUGGUGCAGACCUUCAGGCUUGCUGAUAUCUCUUCCAAGCAAGUAGAACAGAUUUUAUCUAAACCUAACCUCGAAAUAAUUCACUCUAGUAAUGUACAUGACAAGAAAAUGAACUAUCAACAACCUUCUGAUAGUGGUCAAACAUUGAUAAACUGUAAUCGAUGUGGCUAUAAUCAUGCUCGUGGACGUUGCCCAGCUUAUAAUAAGACUUGUGCCAAGUGCCAAGGCAAAAAUCAUUUUGCAAAAAUGUGUAAAACAACCAAGCCUAAUGAUCGACAACGCAAAGUACACUGUAUUGACACACAAGAAAAUGAUGACAACACUGACUACUUCUGUGGCUCUCUGAGUAUUUCAUCAAUUCAAUCUAAGGCAUGGUUCCAAUCUGUAAGAGUUGAGGAUACAUUGGACAUCGACUUCAAACUCGACCCCGGCGCUGAUGUCAACAUUCUACCAAAUCCAAUCUACAAGGAAUUGAAGAAAAAACUUGGUCACUUUCUAACAACUUCACCUUGUGAAUCCCGCCUUGAAAGCUGGAAUGGCAUGCACACCGAUGUGGACUUUACAGUUUGUUUAAACAUUUCAGUCAAUGGACAAAUAGGAGAAGAAAAAUUUUAUGUUGCUGGUAAUGAACUCUCAGUUCCAAUUUUAAGUCGAGACUGCUGUACUAAGUACAAUUUGGUCAAAAGGAUUGCAGAAUCAACAAUGACCUCAAAUCAAGACUUCAAUCAGAGACCAGCAAGGAUCCUCUCUUGAGAAGUUUGAUCCAAUAUUUUCAAAAUGGUUGGCCCAAUUCUAAGAACAAAGUAACACCUGAUGCAAGGUAUUAUUAUGAUUUCAAAAACGUUAUUAGUGUAGAAGAUUCAAUUGUAUAUCUGGACAACAGAUUGAUAGUUCCUCUAUCUUUAAAAAAUUGCAUUUUGAGCAAGCUUCAUGAGUCACACCAAGGUAUGACAAAAACAAAAUCUCGUGCUAAAAGUAUUUUUUAUUGGCGUAACAUGAAUUUAGACAUAGAACAUUUUAUUGGAAAUUGUACAGUUUGUAAAAAUUCUCAAGGAACAAUGUUAAAGAGCCAUGUAUCUUAGGGAGCAACCAAAAUUACCUUUUGAAACGGUAGCUUGUGACAUUUUGAAUUAUGCUAAUUCUGAUUAUUUAGUUUUAAUUGACAUGUUUUCUAAAUGGAUUGAGUUAGUUAAACUUUCAACAAAAACAGCAGAUUCAAUUAUCAAAGUGUUGAAAGUUAUAUUUUCUGUUCAUGGUAUUCCAUCCACACUGUAUGCUGACAAUAUGCCAUUCAAUUCCUUUAAGUUUAGUGAAUUUGCUGUAGAGUGGAACUUCAAAGUCAUAUUUUCAAGUCCACAUUACCAUCAAAGCAAUGGCCUUGCUGAAAAAGCAGUUGGUAUCUGCAAGUUAAUGUUAAAAAAAUGUGUUGAUAGUUCAUCAGACAUAAAUCUAAUGCUCCUGGAUUAUCGAAAUACUCCAGUUGUAGGGACCAACUUUUCGCCUUCACAGUUACUUUUUAGUAGGAUCUGUAAGACAAAACUUCCAAUUCGUCAUGAGCUCUUAGUUCCUCAACUGGUACAUGAUUUUCAUUCCACAUUGGUAAAGAAUGCUCUCAAAUCAAAGAUGUAUUAUGAUAGGACAUCUAAAGUUCGUAAAGAUGUCUUCCGAAGUGGCCAACACAUUGUUUAUAAAAACGAUAGGGAGGGUAAAGAGUGGUAUCCUGCUCAAAUUGUACGUGCUGGUAAUACCCCUAGAACCUUUAUUAUCAAAGAUGAAAAUGGUCGGGAGAAAGUAAGAAAUACAAUGUUUCUUAAGGAUGCUAAUGGUUUUAAUGAUUGUGUUAUGGAUAAUGUUAAUGAUAGUAGUAAUGCCAAUGUUUGUAGACAAAAAUUCUGGUCUGGAGAGCAAAGGUCUGUCACAUUAACUGGACCCAAAGUUCCUGUAAGGGAGCACAGGCCACUUCGAGUAAUUGCACGCCCUUCAUAUUUGAAUGAUUAUAUUUAAACUUGAGAAGGGAGAUGUUAUAUAAUAGAAUAAUUAUAAUGUUGAAAUUAUUAUUUAUCAUAUUGAUUCUGAUAGUUGUUAUAGUAAGUUGGCUACACUGCAAGACAGGCUAGAGAAGGUUAGACGCUAGGCAGUCUAGAAAACUAGUAUGAUCCUCUUGAACUUUAUAAUGUAUUCAAAUAAACAUGUUAAUAAUCAUUA